UCACCUCCGCCCUUAGAAUCUGCGACGUGGCCAGCUUCUUCUGCCCGGAGAGGCCGUCACUUCCGCCGAGUCCCUGACCUGCUGCUAGGAUCGCGACGGGAACUGGAACCGGAGGUCCCCGCGCCGCUCGGGCCUGGCGCCCUGAGGGGAAGAGCUGCCCGGCCCGAGGGUGCUGGGGUGGAGACUUUGGCUCCAGCCCCUUCCCUAGCCAUGACGGACGGGAUCCUAGGGAAGGCAGCCACAAUGGAGAUCCCUAUCCAUGGGAACGGCGAAGCUGGGCAGCUUCCUGAAGAUGAUGGGCUGGAGCAGGACCUCCAGCAGGUGAUGGUGUCAGGACCCAACCUCAAUGAAACCAGCAUUGUGUCUGGGGGCUAUGGGGGCUCUGGUGAUGGACUCAUCCCCACAGCUGGUGUCAGAGAACUUGGUCCUUUAGGGUCUGGCCGCCAUCCAUCUCACAGCACCACUCCUCCUGGCCCUGGGGAUGAAGUGGCUCGGGGCAUCGCUGGAGAGAAGUUUGACAUUGUCAAGAAAUGGGGCAUCAACACAUAUAAGUGUACAAAGCAACUAUUAUCAGAGCGAUUUGGCCGAGGCUCCCGGACUGUGGACCUGGAGCUAGAGCUGCAGAUUGAGUUGCUGCGUGAGACGAAGCGCAAGUAUGAGAGUGUCCUGCAGCUGGGCCGGGCACUGACAGCCCACCUCUACAGCCUGCUGCAGACCCAGCAUGCACUAGGUGACGCCUUUGCUGACCUCAGCCAGAAGUCCCCAGAGCUUCAGGAGGAAUUUGGCUACAACGCAGAGACACAGAAGCUGCUGUGCAAGAAUGGCGAGACACUGCUAGGGGCUGUGAACUUCUUUGUCUCUAGCAUCAACACAUUGGUCACCAAGACCAUGGAAGAUACACUCAUGACUGUCAAACAGUAUGAGGCUGCCAGGCUGGAAUAUGAUGCCUACCGAACAGACUUAGAAGAGCUGAGCCUAGGCCCCCGGGAUGCAGGAACACGCGGUCGACUCGAGAGUGCCCAGGCCACUUUCCAGGCCCAUCGGGACAAGUAUGAGAAGCUGCGGGGAGAUGUGGCCAUCAAGCUCAAGUUCCUGGAAGAAAACAAGAUCAAGGUGAUGCAUAAGCAGCUGCUGCUCUUCCACAAUGCCGUGUCCGCCUACUUUGCUGGGAAUCAGAAACAACUGGAGCAGACCCUGCAGCAGUUCAACAUCAAGCUGCGGCCUCCGGGAGCCGAGAAGCCCUCCUGGCUAGAGGAGCAGUGAGAUGCUCCUAGCCCAACUUGGCUGUCAAGAAGGACAUUGGAACGGGCAGCCCCAGGGUGGGGGAGAUUGGACACGGGACAUCCCUUGCCCUCUGGCUUGGGCUCCCAUUCCCUGGCUGCGGCCUGAUACCAGUUUUGCCCACACUGCUGUGAUGGGAAGAGGGCCUGUAGGCCCAGAAGCUGCUGCCCUGUCCUUUUAUCUUGCUGGCCAUGGGCCUUCAUUCCCAGAUCUUUUCCUUCCACUCCACAGCCAAAGGCUAUGACAGAAACCACUCCCUGGCCAAUGGUAUCACUCCACAGACCUGUCCUCAGUUCCUGGAGUGUGCCCCCUGACCAAAGGCAGAGCCUCAAAAGGCCCUGUCAGCCAAUGGCAGCUCUUCUUGGGCUCCCCUGGGCCAAUGAUGUUGCCUCCAAUACCCUUUGUCCCUCCUCUAUGCGUGUCCAUUGCAGAGAAGGGGACUGGGACCAAAGGGGUGGGGUUAAUGGGGAACCCCAUUUCUGGCCCUGCAUCUGGAUGGGCCUCACCUCCCCCACCCACCACCCAAUUUAAUUGUGCUCAGAGCCCAGGUGGAUUGGGAUCUAGCACUAGGAAUAAACCUUUCAUAAAAGCA